CUUGUGAACGCUUCCUCUUGGUUGGAUAGCGGCUUCCUGGCCGGACUUUAUCCCCCCCUUCUCCUCCUCCUCCUUUUUUUUCUUGGGGGAAAUUUCAACUUGUGUUUUCGCAGGUCCUCAGUCAAAACAAUUUCGGACAGCAUUUCGCGGUGGGUCCUGUGAUUGUGAACGAAAGGCCUGGCUUGUCUUUUGCCGCCUUUAGUCUGUGGGUGCGCUCGCGAGUCUGAGGCCGUAUCGAAGAGACAUUCCAGCGAUGCACUCGCUAAAAUAAACUGCAUUUCGUGUACUUUUGCGCCUAUGGAAGUCGCCCUUUUACUUGUCAACUUCACAUUACUUGGCACAGCUUCUGGAGGCAUGACAGGGCGUUGAAAUAGGGUCUUACGAAUCUCAGAAACUUCUAUAGCGACUGCCAGGGUUUGUGUAGCAAUUUGAAGGAUUUGAUGUAAGCGGAAACAAACUUGUUCUCUACUCCGACAACUAUGGCACCAAAAAGAAGACCGGUCCCCUUGAUUAUAACCCCCACAGGAGAAGGACAGUCAACCAACAUAGAUGCAGCGGCAGAGGCCAACCUAGAGGCCUUACAGAGGAAGUUAGGGGAGUUGGAUUUGGAUGAACAGCAGAGGAAGCGUCUCGAAGCUUUCCUCACCCAGAAAGCCCAGGUGGGCGAGCUCAAAGAUGAAGAUUUUGAACCCAUAUGUGAACUUGGCGCUGGUAAUGGUGGAGUGGUUCACAAAGUCCGUCACAAACCCUCAAGACUGGUCAUGGCCAGGAAGCUUAUUCAUUUGGAAAUCAAACCAGCCAUCAGGAACCAGAUUAUACGAGAGCUGCAAGUUCUACAUGAGUGUAACUCGCCGUACAUUGUUGGGUUUUACGGCGCCUUCUACAGUGAUGGAGAAAUCAGCAUCUGCAUGGAGCACAUGGAUGGUGGUUCUUUGGAUCAAGUACUGAAGGAAGCCAGAAGAAUCCCUGAAGAAAUUUUGGGCAAAGUUAGCAUAGCUGUACUCAGAGGUCUGGCAUAUCUUCGGGAGAAGCACCAAAUAAUGCACAGAGACGUUAAGCCCUCCAACAUCCUUGUGAACUCGCGCGGUGAGAUCAAACUGUGCGACUUUGGCGUGAGUGGCCAGCUCAUCGACUCCAUGGCCAACUCCUUCGUUGGAACACGGUCGUACAUGUCGCCGGAGAGACUCCAGGGCACGCACUAUUCGGUUCAGUCAGACGUGUGGAGCAUGGGCCUAUCGUUGGUUGAGCUGGCUAUUGGACGCUACCCCAUCCCCCCUCCCGAUGCCAAGGAGCUGGAGGCCAUAUUUGGCCGGCCAGUGCUGGACGCAGGUGGGGCAGAAGGCCACAGCAUGUCCCCGAGACCCAGGCCUCCAGGACGACCUGUUAGCGGACAUGGAUUGGACAGCAGGCCAGCCAUGGCUAUAUUUGAGCUACUGGACUACAUUGUCAAUGAGCCACCACCCAAGCUGCCCCAUGGCGUCUUCACCAUGGACUUUGAGGAGUUUGUGACAAAAUGCCUCAUUAAGAACCCUGCUGACAGAGCUGACCUCAAGAUGCUAAUGGGCCACACAUUCAUCAAGCGGGCCGAGGUUGAGGAGGUGGAUUUUGCUGGGUGGAUGUGUAAAACCAUGGGCCUUCACCAGCCCAGCACACCUACUCAUAGCGCUGAAUGAACGCUGGCUCACAGCGUAGGCACCCAUGCCAUCCUCAUCCUCCGCUUUACUUUUUCCUCUCUGCCCUCACAGGCCUGUAUGCUUGUAAGCCUCGGACACACUAUUUUGUGCACUCUUUCUCUGCUUGCUCUUCCCUUCCGCUGCAGUGUGUUCUGGGUAAGAGCCUCUGAUGUUGGAACACUUAGUCAUUUGAAUGAAUAUGGAGAUUAGAGUCACUUAAGUGGAGUGGCUGUAUUUUUAACGACCAGAUUAUUCAGGAAUGUUUCAAAAAUGGUAAAAAUCAACAGCAAUUUCAUUAGUUUUGUUUUUUCUUUUCUUUUCAUGGACUGUUUAUUAAGUCAUUAUAUUAUUUUGUUGCUCAAGUGAUAUUUUGUUGCUCAAGUGAUAUUCAUUGACAGUUUGUGUUACACUGUUAAAAUUGAUAGCAUGGUUCAAUAGCAAAAAAUUAAUUAUGAAUCAACUGCUGUUUGCAUCUAAAGAAAGAAAAUAGGGCUACUGUGGAUCAUACAGGUUGGUUUAUUACAAAGGUGAUUAUUAAAAAUGCAAGAUGCCCAAGCGCAUUGUACAGUUGUUUCUUGUGCAUUGCAGACAGCAGUGCUUUUUAAUCUGCUCAACAUUGGCCCUUAAAAUGGUUUCAUCAUGUCUUUCUACAGUAAGUUUGUCUUGUUUGACUCAUCUUUGUCACCAGUGCUUGAACGGGUUUCUCAAAUCUUGCUUUAUUUUUCAACUUAAAAUGAUCUUCAGAAGGGUAUAUUUGGGAAGAUUUAUUGUUUAUAACUUAUGCUUCAAUGUUUUUUUUUUUAUAUAUAUAUAUAUAUAUAAAACCUAAAAAUUUCUUUCUUUUGAUUUCAAGUUUUGAGUACACCUAGGGUUGCACCUAACUUUACAGUGCUUUUCCAUGAGCCCUACUCCCAUUUAAGACAACUGGUAAACUCAUAGUCUGUUCUUCAGUGGUAUAUAACGUGCAAAGUAAAGUCUCAGGCCACCAUGUACAGUGCUAUGCAGAUCAAAUGAACCUCAGCAGAUAUUGCCGUAUUAGUAGGUCUUAUAAAUACACGGGUGUUACAGAUGGGCAUUGUGAAGUGUGGCUAAAGCCCACUUGCUCUAAAUAGAUUUGUGUUUCAGUUUUUCUCUCUCUAGUACUUUUCAGUAACAUUGAAACUGUAUUGUUCACACACUGGCAUUUAGCUCAGACCAAGUGAAUGCACCACCACACAUGCGUGUAUAAAAAUAUAUGUACAGUACAAACGGUACUGAUUUCAGUCUUAAAAAUAUUUUUUUUUUUGCCUAGUUUAAAGAGUAUAUAAGUCAUUUUAUUACCAUUUGGAAAGUGUUGAAUACAGUUCUAAUAUAAAAAUAAAACUUAUUUGUGAAUGA